AUGGUUGGAGCGGUUGGGGAUCAUGGGGAAGUUGGGGUAGUUGUCAGUAUCCCAGUUCUAAUCCAUACCGGUAUAGAUAUAAGUACAACACAUGUCGCUCUUCCAAUGGCAACUGUUGUUACUGUGGGUCUUACGGGCGUAAGAUUUCAACGACUUCCAACCAGAAAUGCAAUCAUGGCUCAUGGAGUUCGUGGGGAUCUUGGAAAAAAACUGGCAGUUGUUCUGCAUCAUGUAAGAAAUGUGGAUCAUCCCAGUAUCCGAAGCAGAGAUAUUAUAAAUACCGAACUUGUACAAGUCCACGUCCAAGAAAUGGGGGCCGUUCCUGUAGUGGAUCUGCUUAUAAAUACACUAAAUGGUGGUUGGAGUGGAUGGUCUUUCGGAAAUUGGGGAAGUUGUUCAGCAUCUUGCAAGAAAUGUGGUACUAAUACUAACCCGACACAAUCCCUACGUCGGUACAGAUAUUGUAACAAUCCAUCUCCAGCAUGUGGGGGAAGCUCAUGUCCAGGAUCUUCUAGUUACGUGUACUCAAACAAAAACUGUAACACACAAUAUUGCAAAUUAAAUGGAGGUUGGAGUGGUUGGAAAUCCUGGGGUAGCUGGGAAAAAUGUUCUGCGGAUUGUAAAACAUGUGGAUCUUCCUCAAACCCUUACAAGACCAGACGUCGAUACAGAGUUUGCAACAACCCAACACCUUCAUGCAACGGGAAUUCUUGCCCUGGUUCAAAGUAUAUCACAUCAUCAACAUCAUGUAACACACAUUACUGUAAAGUAAAUGGUGGCUGGAGUAGUUGGAAACCUUGGGGAAGCUGGGGUAGCUGUUCGGCUGUAUGUAAACCAUGUGGAUCAUCUACAGACCCUACCAAGACAAGGCUUCGAUACAGAGCUUGCAACAACCCGACACCUGCAUGUAACGGGCAGUCCUGCUCUGGUCGAUUGUAUAUAUCCGCAUCAAAGUCAUGUAACACACAUUACUGUAAAGUAAAUGGUGGAUGGGGAUCGUGGGAAUCAUGGACAAAAGUCACUAACUGUUCGGCAGAAUGUAAGAAAGAAGGUUCAGUAUCACCUACACUGACACGAACCAGAAAGAGGCUCUGUAAUAACCCAGCUCCUAGCUGUAAUGGACAAUCCUGUUCUGGGUCACCUUCGGAAAAAUCUGUCCAAGAUUGCAACACACAAAGCUGUCCAAUUGAUGGCUAUUGGGAAUGGGGUAAUUGGGGAGCUUGGGACGAAUGUUCCAAAACUUGCGAUAGUGGAUCACAUAAGAGAAUAAGAUACAAUAAAUGUAUUGGACCUAAAUAUGGUGGAAAACCUUGUAGCAAAAAAGUAACAAAGACACACACAUAUCACCGUGGUUGCAAUAGGAAUAUUCCUUGCCCAGGUAUGUGA